AUGGAAUUGGAAAAGGGAAUAGAUUAUAUCUUCUGUGGAUCUAGAAAGGAAAUGGAGUGCACACUUCGGAUUCCGAGGCCGGUUAUAACGUUGACACCGUAUAAAAGCAAAUGCUCUGAUCUGAUAUGCUGGGUGGAUGGAAAAGACAUUGUAAUGACACCCAAAGACUUGGCAAAGAAUCUUGAAAGGAUGGGCGGUAAACAUGUGGUCGUGGAAAACUGUGAGUUGAUGGAGGUGUUUGGAUACUUGCCUGACAUGAUGUAUCUGAAGAGAAAAGAAAUUUCAUUUAUUCUUUUAAAUGCUCAAAGAACACCUCCAUUUGCUGAAGAUCCUGUCUUCUUAUCAAAUAGCAGGUAUUUUAUAAGGGCCAGGGGAGAUGAAAGGUAUGCCAUAAUCUUUGCGCUGCACAAGAUCUAUAAAAACAUGUGGGUUGUGUGUAAGAAUGUAGAGCGAAUGAGGAUGUUUUCAGAGGUUUUCAAGCUAGAGCUGGUUGUUGUGAAGCAUGGGGAUGAUGUGAAGGGAAGGGGUGUUGUUGCUGUAAUGGAUGGCUUUGUGAAUGUUGAGUGUGAAAAGCUAUUUUAUGUUGGAGAAGAGUGUAAGGGAAUGAAACCCAUGGUACUAGAAAUGGGCAAGAUUGGGAAGUUCCUACACAGGAUAAGGGAUGUAUGCAGCAUGCUUUCUCCAGCUGUUGUCAAGGGGAAAAGGAGGCUUGAUAUCAAUAGACUAUGCAACAUUGAAAAAUAG